UCCGGAGAAGCUGUCGCCAGCCCCGGAGGCGGGGAAGGGUUAAUGCCACCAAGGCUGCAGACCCGCCAAAGCCUAGAGAGGGCCUUGUACCGGCUCGCCAGGUGGUUGUCGCCGUCUCGCGUCCCCGAUCGGGGAAGCUGUCGCGCGGACACGUCUGUUGUGCGUGGCUGUUGGGCGGUGUCUGGUCCCGGGAGCCUCGCCGGCACCUGGAAUGGAUAAAAGUGGCAGUUUUUAUUUCUUCCCAUGAGGUUCUGUAUCUGGAAUGAGAACCAGGAAAUUAAUCUAGACUAGGACAUUUCUAAGGACCUGGAAUGGCUUUGGGCGGCACCAGGAGGACCUGAAAAGAGUAUUUGAGGGCACAGAGGGACAGAAGAGUUGGCCAGCAGAAGGAUUUAUAAGAAACAAUUGAUCAGAAACAGUAGCAGAUUUUAGAUUUCUUCUGUGGAAAAGUUGAUUCUUCGUUCAAAUUAAGUAAAACACUGAAGAGAAAUCAAAGUCUCACAUACGAAAAGUAUGUUACUUAUAACGUAAAUUUAGGAAAACAAAUGAAAGGACUGAUCUUUAAAGUUUUUAAACUGGUGAAAUAUUUAUAAAACUUUUGGGCUCAUCUCUAAAAAUUGCUGUGAUUCUGAAACUUGAUAAUAUCUCAAAUAUAGAACAGUUGCAGUGAAAAGUAGCACUUGAGAAUACAUCAGAUAUUCCCAAGAAAGAAGAUCUGAGGAUGGAAAAGUGCCACUAACAAAUACAUAUUUACAUGCUUAUAAAUUACCUUGGCAAACACAAGAGACACUCCAGUUAAAGCACAGUGUUUAACACUCCUAUACUGAAUGCACUGAAAGUUGGCUUUUAUUCAUACGUACAACAGAAACUACCUUCUUCACUGCAAGAUUUUGUAUAACUGUUCCUAAAUUCCAGCUCUCCAUACAUCCCAAUGUCAGGGUCCUUGUAGCUUGGAGCCCUUCUCCAGGUAGAUGAACUGCUGCCCAGUGAACACUAUGUACAAAGCACUAUGAGCACCAUUCUCUUUUCUGGCAGUGAGGUCAAAUCAGCUCUUUUUGGAAGGGAAGAAGCCACAUGGCAUCUCUGCUACACAAGAUUACGCUGUCAUUGCCUUUGCGUCUUUCACACUCCUUUCUUCUCAAGCAUCAUUUUGUCACUGAAACUUAUCCUACCUGCAUCCUUUCUUGUGAGCACAUCUUGCUCAAUCCCUCCUCUCUCCAUGUUGUCCCUUUUCCUGUAUUGAGUUAGGAAAGGUAUGCAGGUAUUCCUGUCAUUCCUGACCAGGGGAGCUACAUCUGUCAAAAGAGAGUAGGAGCAGUAGGCAUUCUGAGAAAUGAUCACUCAUGGCCUGCAGGAGCAAGAGCCAGACAGGACUUUGGCACUGGAAGCUUUCUGAGUAUGUAAGACCUCUACCUCUAGACUAGCUCUUCAAUCACGGUUAUCUCCUUCAGUCCAUUAUCCUCCAAGACAAUGCCCAUGCCUUCUGGGGCUUUGAGCUAAGUUUUGUUUUUUAAAAAGUGGGUGGUUUUUUUUUGCCAAUUCAGUAAGGCUUUUCCCUUUGUUUUCUCCUGUUGGUUGUUCCAAGUUAAAUUCAGUAUGAAUAAGAGAGGGAAAUAUACAACACUGAAUUUGGAGGAGAAAAUGAAGGUUCUAAGUCGAAUUGAAGCUGGACGAUCACUUAAAAGUGUAAUGGAUGAAUUUGGAAUCAGUAAGUCAACAUUUUAUGACAUUAAAAAAAAUAAGAAAUUAAUUCUGGACUUUGUACUGAAGCAGGAUAUGCCAUUAGUAGGGGCUGAGAAGAGAAAGAGGACAACUGGAGCCAAAUAUGGUGAUGUAGAUGAUGCGGUCUACAUGUGGUACCAGCAGAAACGCUCAGCUGGUGUUCCCGUGAGAGGUGUGGAGCUUCAGGCUGCUGCAGAGAGAUUCGCACAGUGUUUUGGGCGAACAGAUUUCAAAGCUAGCACUGGUUGGCUUUUUAGAUUUCGAAAUCGGCAUGCAAUUGGGAACCGAAAAGUUUGUGGGGAACAAGUCCUAAGUUCAGCUUCUGAAAAUGUUGAGCCAUUUCGACAGAAACUGUCCAUGAUCAUUAAAGAGGAGAAACUGUGUCUAGCUCAGCUAUACAGUGGGGAUGAAACUGACCUCUUUUGGAAGUCCAUGCCAGAAAAUUCUCAAGCAAGUAGGAAAGAUAUCUGCCUACCAGGGAAGAAAAUAAACAAAGAAAGGUUGUCUGCCCUUUUGUGUGCAAAUGCAGAUGGAACUCAUAAAUUAAAGUCAAUCAUUAUUGGAAAAGCAAAACUGCCCAAAAGUGUGAAAGAGGACACAAGUACUUUGCCUGUGAUAUAUAAACCCAGUAGAGAUGUUUGGUUCACCAGAGAAUUGUUUUCAGAAUGGUUUUUUCAGAACUUUGUUCCUGAGGUCCGGCAUUUUCAACUUAAUGUUCUAAGAUUUCAUGAAGAGGAUGUCAGGGCAUUGUUAAUUUUGGACAGUUCCCCAGCUCAUCCUUCCUCUGAAUCACUAACCAGUGAGGAUGGUCGAAUAAAAUGUGUGUUCUUUCCCCAUAACACUUCAACCUUGAUUCAACCAAUGAAUCAAGGUGUGAUCCUGAGCUGCAAACGACUGUAUAGAUGGAAGCAACUUGAAGAGAGUCUUGUAAUAUUUGAAGAAAGUGAUGAUGAGCAAGAGAAAAGAGAUAAAGGAGUUUCCAAAAUUAAAAUCUACAAUAUAAAAAGUGCAAUUUUUAACUGGGCAAAAAGUUGGGAUGAAGUAAAACAAAUAACCAUAGCAAAUGCAUGGGAAAAUCUUCUCUAUAAAAAGGAACCUGAAUGUGAUUUUCAAGGCUUAGAAGAUGGGGAUUAUAGAGAAAUUCUUGAAAAAUGUGGGGAGUUGGAAACUAAGCUAGAUGAUGAUAGGGCGUGGUUAAAUGGAGAUGAAGAAAAGGGUUGUCUCCUAAAAACCAAUGGUGGAAUUAUAAAGGAAGUUACUCAGAAAGGAGGAGACGCUGAGAAGCAGACUGCUGCAUUUAAGCUAUCUGCUGUAAGAGAGAGUCUGGACUACCUUCUUGACUUUGUUGAUGCCACACCUGAGUUUCAGAGAUUCCAUUUCACACUGAAAGAGAUGCAACAAGAAAUAGUCAAGAAACAGUUUCAGAGUAAAAUCCAUUCUAGAAUUGGUAGCUUUUUGAAACCUAGGCCUCAUAAUAGUAAGGACUCCUUCAGUGGACCUUCAACUUCUGCUUCUAAUCAUUAGAUUUUGUUUAACGAUUUCUGGGAUUAUAUGAUACGGGCCUGCUGUGAAUUGUCAUGUUUUAGCAACUGACAUUAUUUUGUAUAUCAAUGCCCAUUUAUAUAAAGGUUAUAAAAUUUAUAGUUUGAAAAUAA